AUGUCGGCCGAGACGCUUGACAUGCUCAUGCACCUGCUCUUCCAGUACCUCGACUCGUUGCUUGGCGGACGACCCAGCGGCAACGGCGACGGCGACGAGAACACCGUGGCGUCGCCAAUCCCGCCCGAGACGACGCAGCACCAGCAGGCGACCGCCGAUUCGGUCUUUGUUCUCCUUAUGCACGUCUUCGAGGCAUCGAUUCUGCAGACGCACCAGCUUCAGCACACGCAGUUUCUCAUCUUUUACGUCACCUCGCAGUCGCGGCGAUUCCAGGAAGCCUUUCUCUCAUACCUCCUCGAGACGUCGACCAAGGUGGAAGCCUCGGGCGCGCCGUCGUCGCUGGCGCAGGUGGCGGCGGCGUAUCUGGGCUCGUAUCUCGCGAGGGCCAAGUUCCUCGAGCUGGACUUGGUGCUUACCGUCAUGGAGAGCAUGGCGCUGUGGCUCCACCAGUACGUGGACGCCGCGGCAGCGCCGACCCGGGUCGUCUCGCGCAUGUCGUACACGCCGUCGCGGGCGCGGUCAGCGGCAAGCUCGCCGACGCUCGGCUCGCCGCAAAUGACCGCGGCGGCGACGGUGGCGGCGUCGGCCGAGAAGCUCAACCGGGCGGUGGCGCGGCUCCCGCGGUCGCCGUCGGGCUCUGUCUCGCUCGGCACAUGCAUCCUUCGCUCGGCGACGUUUGCCGAGGCCUCGGGCCACUCGCGGUUCUACGCCAUGGCGCAGUCGCUGCUGUACGCCAUCUGCUUCCACCUCGGUGCGCUCUCGCAGAACGAGGAGUUUAUGACGCGGGUGCAAGGCCUCGCUCUCGACCGUAUCGUCUCGUCAUGGCUCAACCCGCUGCGAUACACCUCGGCGGGCAUUGUGGGCCAGUUUGCGCGGAUGGCGUACGAUGCGCAGCUCGCGUAUUGCUACGACAUCAUCCACGAGAACAAGCGCCUUGACCUCAUCUCGCAGCAGCAGGAUGUGCAGGCCGGGACGUCGCCGGCAGAGGGCGCGUCGUCGGCCGAAGACCUCCGCGCUCGCAAGGCCGCCAUCCUCAAGCCGUACUUUCCGUUUGACCCGUACCCGCUCCCGCUCACCGCGCCGCUCUUUGAGAACAUCUACAACGAGUGGGUCCCGCUGCCCGAGACCGCAACACCGUCGUCGCGGACCCGCUCCCGUCGAGCCUCGCCGGACUCGCCGGCCGUCGGCGCGGGCGACGCCGUCGCCCUCGCCGCCACUGGCGCCGAAAUCCCGUCGCGCAAGCGCAAAUCGCCGGAUCACAGCGCUCCGCCGCACCCGACCGCAGUCGUGGCUGGCGCCGCCAAGGUCCUCUCUGCGCUCCAGCCCAUCAUGGACAUCUCGCCGGUGGCGACAUCGUCGACCUCUCGCCUUGGCCUCGCCGCCAUGCACAAGACGCCCGCCAGCGUCGGCGUUGCCGCCUCGGUCUUCUCCUCGCUCUCGGCGCUCAACACUGGUGGAACCGACGCCUCGCCCGGCCCGGUCCGCAAGAAGCAGCGUCCGCUCCGGGUCCCUGUCAUGUUUGAAUAG